AUGGAGACUCCUGGGACCGUUCAUACCACUGUUGGAACAGGAGUGCAGAAGCCGGGUAUGUUGGGGAAGCUCGGUCCAUAUGUGCCACACUACUUGAAGCCAGCUGACUUCGACCAUCGAAUAGUGAAGGGAAGUGGGGAAUGGAUUGUGCUAAAACUUCAACAAUCUCCUGUCUUCUAUGAAUUUGCUUAUUUUGAAGAAGGUGAUGACGCCGAAACUGAAACUUUAAACCGCUACAUUGAGGUUGAACGAGCAGUACUCACCUGUGAAGAGCCUUCGUUAUUAUUUCAUUUCAUGAAAAGAAUGACGGAGGCUCAGUCUGAAAUCCCAGAGACGGAGGCGAAACCACCGACGGAAUUAUUUCGUAGCGUCUCAUCUCCGGGUACGAAAUCACCGCAGAGCUCAUUGCCAUCCAAUCGAAAAACGUCUAAAAAAGAGAAAACGAACAAAGCCGAUUCAUUUCGAGAUGGUUCCUCAUCGGGAACGUUUCCACGAAGUCGUCGGACGUCAAAAUUCAGAAAGACUUCUCUUGUUCUGCCAUCCUUAUUCCCGGAUCCUUCGAUGUUGGAUCCGGUGAAAACAUUUCGAAGAUCCAGUAUUUCGGCUCCAACCAGAAAACUUUCCCGAAUGUCAUCGUCAUCCGGUGUGGAUCCAACCACUUUAGAUCCACAAAAAUUAUCACCAAAUUCAAGUAUAUCGACACCAUCCAGUUCACCGAAGGAAAUCCCCAUGAAAUUCAUGUCAAUCGAUUUGGAGCGUGAAUUACCUGAGAUAUUCAGCACAUCUCUCAAUCCAGCUCUACAAGAUCCAGAUAUGAGUGAAUUCUACUCACGAGUGAAAAGUCCACCACCAAUAUAUGGGAAUAGAAAAGUUUCGAUGCUGUCAUCUGCGCCAUCGUAUACACCACGAAAAGUUACACGAGGAAUACAAGUAGAAACUGAGACCAGAAUGAAAUUAUGGCUUGCCCUGUUUGUGCUUGUAUUUUUCCUCUUUCCAAUAGCGAUUCUCAUAAUUUUUCGUGUUAUUCCCGCAUUUGUCGCGUAUAUCGACGGGAACAAUGAGUUCACCGCCGGCGCUGAAGUGUAA